AUGAUUAUAAUCCUUCGACUGGAAAGGUGUCGCAUAUUCGUUGCCAUCAUUCUUCAAUUUUACAACUGUGGCUUAUCUAAUGUGAAUUUGCAAUCGAAGGUAUACGCAAAAAUCCCCGAUUCUUCAGAAGAUGAUGUUAAUUUAGCCGUAGAAGCAGCUCGAGUCGCGUUUUUGGAAUGGUCCAAGACACCAAGAGCUGUUCGUUCCAAAAUAAUGUAUCGUGCGGCCGAUAUCUUGGAAUCUCGGCUGAAAGAAUUUGCUGAGGCGGAAGUUCGUGAUCAAGGGAAAACCAUUGGCUUUGCCACGAAUGUCGACAUUACUAGAUCAGUAUAUAAUCUUAGAUUUUUCGCAGGUCACAUUUUGCACAUGGAGGAGAAAGCCAGUUUUAUGGAUGGUGUCUCUCUUAAUUAUGUUCAGAGGAAUCCAGUUGGAGUUGCCGGAUUAAUUGCACCGGAAGCAGGAUUGCCGGAUGGCGUUGUUAAUAUGAUCUUUGGCACAGGUAGACCCAUUCAACAUCUGCGUUUAAUACAGAUGGAUGAUCCUUUUAAUAAACAUCUGAAUAUUUGCAUACAACGAAUAGGUGCAACCACUGGACAAGCCCUUGUGAGCCAUCCUAUGGUCCCACUUAUAUCUUUCACCGGAGGAACGGUUACUGGGAAAAAGAUAAAUGCUGCUGCCUCCACUCACUUAAAAAAGGUCUGCCUUGAACUUGGUGGAAAAAAUGCAAACAUUAUUUUUGAGGAUUGUGAUUUUGAGAAGGCUGUUGAAACGAGCAUAAAGUCAUCCUUCAACAAUCAAGGAGAGAUCUGCUUGUGUGGUUCUCGAAUAUUUGUUCAAUCAUCGAUUUAUAGCAAGUUUCUCGAUGCAUUCGUACCCAAAGCUUCUAGUUUGGUUGUUGGAGAUCCAAACGAUCCCAAUACUCAAGUGGGAGCCCUGAUCAGUAAGGAGCACAUGGAGAAGGUGCUCGGGUACAUUGAACUGGCAAAAUCGGAGGGAGGAGUUAUUGAGUGUGGCGGCCAAAGGAAACCAAUGGAAGGAGAAUUUAGUGAAGGAUAUUUUGUUGAGCCUACGGUUAUUACCAACGUAUCGCCGUCUAGCCGAGUAGCUCAAGAAGAAAUAUUUGGGCCGGUUGUCACUGUUCAUCCGUUUGAAACUGAAGAGGAAGUUAUCAAAUUAGCAAAUGAUAGUCCUUACGGUUUAAGUUGUUCUGUUUGGACUCGAGACGGGAGUCGCCAGCGCCGCGUUGCCGAGAGCAUUUAUGUUGGCACCUGCUGGGUUAAUUGUUGGUUGGUGAGAGAUUUGAGAAUGCCUUUUGGAGGAAUGAAGCAGAGUGGUAAGUAG